UGUGUUUGACGAUAAAUUUGAAGUAAAUGCAAAUACUAAGUAAUUUAUACGAAAAAAAUGUAAUUUCAUAGUUAAUAGUAAUGCUACCAUAUGUGUAAACGGAGCUAUUGUAUAUUUAUUUCGUUUGUACAAUUCGUUCGUGUUCAUUGUGUUGUUAAAUACAUAUUUGUAAUGAAAAUGAAGAUUCCAAAUAAUCGUUCUGGGAACGAUUAUGGAAAUGAAACAGGAAUUAUCUCUUACAUGGAUAAUAAUUUUGAUUCUGAAAUCGAUGUACAAGGAACAGAAGAAAGUGAUUUUUCUGAGUAUCUUUGGAUGGAAAAUGAGGAAGAAUUUGAUAAAGAGGUGAUUCAACAAUUAAUGGAAGAAGAAUUAACAGAAGAAUGUUUAAAAGCAAUGUGGGAAGAUGAAAGACAUGAACGAAAUACAAAUUCUAUUGCUUGGUCCACUGCUACAAGCAUGCCUGAGAAUAAUAGUGCUGAACUUUGUCAGCAACUUAGUAAUCUAAAAAUGCAUGAUGAUCUUGCUAAGCAGAGUACAUUGAAUCCAAAUGCAGCUGAAUUUGUUCCAGCAUUCAAAUCAGCAGUAACAUCUAUCUGAAAGUUUUUAUAUACUGUAGUAUGCGUUUCUAAAUGAAACACUUUUCUAAGAGUUCCUUUUGUAACACUUAUUUUGUACUGGUAUACAUCUUCUAUAUCAUUGUGACAUGAAUUAAUAUUAUAUACUGAAGUCGUUAAGACUGAUGUAAGUAAAAUAUAUUGCACCCAAUGCAUAUUUCAUUUAUAUAACAAUACUUAACGCAUCUAAUUAUACAAGAGAACAAUUUUAAUUUUUAUUUUUAUUAUCAAUUUUUUAUUUAAAAAAUUCUGGUCGUGUUAUAAUUCUGGUCCUCUAUCAGCAUAUGUCUUGAAAGACUUGAAGAUCUCAAGGGAAAGUCUUACACAGGCUGUGAAGGACAUUUUUUCUGACUCUAUUUUGUACAUUGAGAGCCAAUGUAUUACUUAUUUACUUUAAUUAAGUAAUAAAAUUAUUAUAAAAUGA